CCUAAUAAUAAUUUCAUAACAUUACUUUUUAUUUUAUUUUAUGAAUAACAACAGUCCAUCAAAAUUAAUGGACACAAUUCUCUACGAUGAACUCCUACAAGAAAUAUUCCACCGCCUCCCACCACCAUCAUCUUCCGCCGUCUCUCUUACCUCAAAACGGUGGCUCCACCUUUUCCGUUCAUCUCUCUCCUCCCUCUCCCUCCAUCUCUCCACCAACAACCACCACCACUCUCUCUUCACCUUUCUCUCUCAGCACACCUACCUCUCUUCCCUCACCAUCACAACAACCACCACCACCACCACCACCACAUCCUUCUCCGACAACCUCUUAACCACCAUCUCCUCCACCUGCCCUAACCUCACGCGCCUCCAUCUCUUCAGCGGCCCUGUCUCCUCCCCCCACAUACUCACCCUCUCCACAAAACUUACCUCUCUCUCCAUCAUCAUUUCUAGACAUCAUUUUACCCUUCACUUUUUAGCUCAUUUCAAAAACCUCAAACACCUUUCCCUUUCUAUAAUUGGAAGCUCCAACAUCCAAAUCCCCAAACUACCCUCACAGCCACACUCACAAUCACAGUUGCAGCUAAACUCACUUUCCUUAUCCGGAAUUCUCAGCGGCGAUUACCCACUGAGCUUCCUAUGGAGUAACACGUGUCACCAAACCCUAACAAAACUCACAUUCAAUAACUGCCAAGGUGUAGGCGAUAUUUAUUCGUUUUCGUGUCUUUUUAAAACACUGGAAAGCCUUAAUGAAGUCGAGUUAAAAACUUGCAGGUCAAUAAUCAGUUUAAUUUUAUCUAAAUUAACCGAAAACGGCUGCAGGUCUUUGUCGAGUUUGUUAAUUUACGACGGAGGGUGUAAAGAAAGUCUGCUUCAUUUUAUUCGCGAAACGAAUAGCAUUAAUUUGAAUAAGAUUGAUUUCCGGUUGCCAUUAGACUUAUACGACGAUCAUUUGUUUGAAAUCGGACUUAAAUUUAAACAAUUACGUGUUUUAAGGCUUCAAAGUUGUUCAAUGGUUACAGGGGAAGGAAUUAAGUCAUUAGGAUUAGCUUUAAGUCAUUAUUGUCUUCAAGAAUUAGGAUUAACAAACUGUGAUGUGAUGAUUAAGAGACAAGGUGGUUUUCUGGUUGACUUGGCUCAGAAUAUGAAAAGGAUUAAGAUACUUGAUUUGUCUUAUAAUCAUAUGUUGAUGGAUAAAGAGUUUGUAUCCAUGAUAAGUUCGUAUAGCGAUUUACGGAUACUCAAGCUCAGGGGCUGCACUAGGUUGACUCAUGUGUCCAUGAUUUCCUUGUCUAGGAAUUGUAAGCGGUUGGAGAGCGUUGAUUUGGUUUAUUGCCACGGGGUUCGGGUUGAAGGGGUUGAGUUUGUGAUAUUGAAUUGUUCGGAAUUGAGAAAGGUUCAAGUCGAGGAUUGGAAAGUGUCUCAAGUUGCAACAAGAUGGAUGGCGGAUAAGUUUAUUGAGUUGCAACCCUGAUCAACAAACACAGGUAUUAUACUUGUAACAAUUGGAUAUAUAUUUAUGAAUGAAUGAAUGAAUCUGUGUGUAUAUGUUUUUUUUUUAAAGUAAGAGUCUAUAUAAUGUAUUUGUGCAAAUAUCUAAUAAUGUGUUAUAAUUUAUAAAUAAACUCGUCAGCAGCAGUGUCAUUUGUAUGUUCAUUCAUGCCCCUA